UAAAAUAAAUCUUUUUGAGCAUUUUUUACGCGACGUUCUAAUGUGUACGCUUUAAAGAGCUUAUUACCUGUUGUGAAAGAAUCAUUGUUUAAGACACUUCUUCAUAAUCCUCAUAUGAACAGAGAUAAAAAAAUUGAGCAAAAAACAUUUCGAUUGUAACUGAAACUGCAAGCAUUGAUAAUAAGUAAAGUAUAUUUUUGGCCAGUUCUCUUUGCUUAAAUCAUUUUUAAAUUUUGGAUUAUGAAAGGACAAACGAUUUUCUUGACGUAAUUUAUAAGAACAACAUACAUACUUGUACACAUAUGUAAGCAAUGCUUUCCAUUUACACCCCCAAUUGUUGAGCAUUCAUGAACUUGUCGGUCAAAUUUACGUGUAUAUGAAGGCGGCAACAACAACAUAUAUUCCGAUUUUAUGGCUAUCCAAAUCACGAAAAUUACUAACCUACAUAACUCUAUCGUUUAUUCUAUAUCGUUUUGGUAAACCUGAAAAGUUUUUCUUCAAUUCGUCCGAAGUUUGUGUGUGCUCACAGCGAACAAUUAUUUGAGGAGUUGUCGAAGAAAUUUGCGCUCUCAUUUAUGUAGCAGAUUAGCAAGCCAUAUAAUUUUGACAGCAGUAAUCGGUGGCUUCCAACUUACUUUCGCUUUGCUAGUAAAGGCGGGCGAAUUAAAUAGCGGAAAAGUAUCGAAAAUAAAUAAGGUAUAAACUAAAAGUAUUGAAUUAAACAAAAAAAAUUAUUUUAAUUUAUUUAUUUAAUUACGUGUGCAAAGUUGUUGUGAAAGCAAUGGAAAUACUUUGAAAAUGUUCGCUAAGUGCCAACAGUACAUUCAAAAUGUACUUUCGGUAUGGAGUUAUAUACAAAAGAGUCCUAUAAUUUCGAUCUCUUAGUACUUUGGAAACUGUAAAUAUGAGUAGUUCUAAUUGUAUUUUGCGAAAUUAAAAUUCGGUUAUGCAGAUAUUCGGGACCGUUUUUGCUUAGAUUGAUUUGUUUAUACUAUUUGGCUUUUCUUAUUUCAUUACUGUCGGCAUUGCCAGCUGAGAAAGUCAAACAGAUGUGAAUACAGUGAAAGAGCAUAAAAAGGGGAGAGUGGAGAGAUUUAGCGUGAACCUGAACAAAAGAGAUUGCGACGCUUAGGAGAAAGCUGAAGAAACUUGUUGCUUUGUAUUUUGAGAGCGAGCGAUAAAUCUCUAAAAUAUUUGUAAAUAUUUUGAAAAAAGAUAAAAAGGAAAAAGAAAUUGAUUGUUAAAUUAAUGUGAUUAAAAAGUGAUAAUUGUGAGCGGGGUGGAGCGGUUGUGUUCGAAAUGAAAAACAAUUUUUUAAAUAUUAAAUAACGUUCUCAAAUCUUUAUCUAUUCUUAUAAUUACUACUUUGCGAAAGUCGUGUAAAAAUGACCCCAUUAAAUUAAGGAUUUUUCUGUAACGGCCAUAGCAGCAUGAGUAUAAAUGACAUUAAAACAGCAGACAUAAUCGGUUUUGGUACUUUUAUUACUUAAAUAUUCCUCUUUUUUGAUACUCCUCACUAUGUUGUGGUUCACCAGAGGUACUCCACUCGACCACUUAAAAACUCUAUCUUAAUCCAUUUUUGUAUACCAUAUACAUACCCAAAGGUAUUAUCUCAAAGCCACAAUAACACAUAAAUAACUAAGAGACUUUUGCUACAUUUGUUUCGGUGUUGUUGCGCUCUAUCGCUUGAGCUUUCACAGAGAAAAGCUUUCGGCGCUCCGCCUGGAAGCAUGCUUGUACUUUCCGGCAGUCGGUCAGUUGAACUUGACUAUUCAUGCAUUGUGGAGGGUCAGGUGCGCGCAAUUGUGUCAUAAGGCGGAAAGUGAAUGUGACGAUUGUAUGUGGUACUUCGGGAAGAAAGUAAAAGCAGGAUUACGAAAGUAGCAAAGGCGCAAAGUUAAAAGUUGAGAAGGAGUGCAAUUUGCACAUACUAAGGAGUAAUCAUUCCUACAGGAGAACACUACAUCUAUGCUUUGGGUACAUAUUUUUCUUUGUUGAAUGAGCACGCACUUGCCAUUAGAUGGUUGGGUCGUCAAUCACAGGCGGGUGAAAGGCAACAACAACUACUACGGGUAUUUAAAGGAAAACGAUUGAUAUAAAAUUUAACGAUUUUGUAACGUAAAGUUGCUGCUUGAUUUACAAAUAGAACAGAGCAUUCAAAGCUACAUUUACUUGCAUUUUAAAAGCAUUUGCCGUUUCUUGGGAAAUUAUUGCCGGGUUCAAUCUCCGCUAAUUGAAUUACGCCUGGCAUUUUGUCCGCCAAAGUGGCUAUAAACUAGCAUCUAUUUCUAUGGCUUCAUCGGCACAUUGUUGUGCGUGUGUUCGGUAGAUAAUUUGCCGAGUUAAGCCGCAGAGCCCAGCGAUAAAACGUUGAAGACUUGCUUACACCGACAGCGAGAGUCCGCAACGCAGUUUGAAGUUGGCUGGAAAAUAAAAUGGAAUACAUAUUCGAUUGCUUCUUCGAGAAUACAUUCGAUAAAAUUACACGCAAUGGGCUGCAGGAUCGUUCCUCGCGUCGUGACGUACUGGAUCACUUGAACGCUGUGAUCGGCGGUUGCAGUGAUGGGCAAAAUAUGCACACGGAGGAGGUUGCGCGAUUCGCUGUGUUGGCGGCAGUGCGUUAUCAUCGCGAGAAAAAGAGCGGAAAUGGAGGUGUGUGUCUCAUGGGAAAAUUCCACAAUAUUCUAUACAUUGCGCUGCGGACUUGUUGGGAUUGGGGCGUACGUGAUUCCACCGUUGUGGUUCUGUUGUUGGAAGAGAUCUAUUCGUGCGAGAAAACAUUUGAACGAAUAUUUUUGGGCGCCCUAUUCGGGCCCCAUGCCCCACACUUCAUAGCCGGUUGGCGCAGCGACUUUCGCGACCAGGAUGAAAACACGCGAGCCAUGGUCUACUUUCUUCAUCAUGCCACAUCACUUAGCUUGCAACUGCCAGUUUGGAUAGCGCGCUUCGAGCAGGAACGUAUGGUAAGAUUCAUUGACAUUCCGAUCGAGUCAUGCGGCCGUUCAUCACCGCUUCGUGUUGCCUUACAGGCGAGUGCGCCUGACCUGCUGCUUAUACUAUUAAGAUAUGGCGCUCAUCCGACCCCCCCCGAUGGCGGUUCCUCCGUCGUGCAUGCUCUACUGGAGAAACUCACUGAAAACGGGCGCAAUUACGUUCUACAAAAUGUGUCGUGUUUGCAAAUUUUGCUGCGCACUAUACCAAUGAUCGAGAUGCCAUACAAGCCAAUUAUCUACAGCGCACGCCGCGAACUGUUUUUCGAAAAAUACGGGCGUCUUCUAAUUGAUCGCAUCAUCACCAAAGAGCAGGUAUACGGCGUCGUCUCCUUGCGGCAUUUAUGUCGAUGCCGCAUACGUGACUUGCUGCGCCGCAACUGCCAACUGCCCGACGGCAUAGAUACGCUGCGGCUGCCACGACGCCUGCACCGCUACAUUGACUUGAUGGAAGAGCUCGAGGGGCCGCAAAAAGAGGACGAUGAUGAAAAUAAUGCAGCGCUGGAGAAAUUACAAGCCACCGGCGGUGCUGUUAGUGGUGCAAAGAAACGAGUGCAUUUCGCCGAGUCCAAGGAGGAGGAGCAGUCUUCGGUGGAUGUGGAAGUGGCUGUGGAGGUCGUAGAGAGUCUGUUGCUGGAGGAAAGGCUGCCGAUGGCACAGCAAGCCACUGUGACGGGUGAAUUGCCGACGGUGGUGGAGGAAGACACGGCAGAGCUGGCAGAAGAGCAAUUAGAGAUGGAAAGCCAAAAUAAUUUUGCUGUUGUGUUGGAGAAACCGUUAGCGGUCGAAAUUAUCAGCCCCAUGCAGAUGCUGUUGACUACCGAAAAUAGCAGUGGAAACAGCAGUAGGAGCGACAGCCACAUAAGCAACAACGGCAGCAACACUCGCGGCAAGGUCAGGGAAUGCAUUGAACGCCAAUUGAGCUAGCCAACGCUGUCAUAACAAUUUGAUAUUGUUAGUUAGUAAGUACGAGUUACGAGUUUAAGUGAGUUAUAUUAACUGCCCGAGUUUGCGGACAUCAAGAGUAGCGCUGUGGCCUUACAAACAACAACAUUUGAAGACGACACUGGCAAUUCUUGCAAACUAUUUGGACUGCCCUUUGAUUUUACUGGCACUGCAUUUGUGUGGAGAGCAUGUAGUUGGAGAAAUUGUGAACAAACAUUUUUUAAUGCAAAAACUUUAUCUUUUCGUGUAAUUCACGUUUUUACAGUAGCAAGUUGACUUAACUUACUUUGCCAACAAGUCAACGAGCAGUCGAGAUUCGUGAGUGAAUUGUUGAAUAUAUUGGGAUUGGCAAAAAUUGGAGAUACUUCACAUUUUCAUUUUGCUGUGGCACGCUCCAAAGUGUUAUUUGUGUGAGCGUGUUCCCCAAUCGCAUUUUUGUAAAAUAUACAAUCAAUAAAAUCUGUGUCUUUCACUCACCGAUAAGUUUCCUCGCUGACGUUGAUACGUCCCGGCACACCCGUGGUCUCUGUGCGGCUUGUCAGAUUCACCGUGUUGCCAAAGAGACAGUAGCGUGGCACACGAUUGCCGAUAACGCCGGUCACCACCUCGCCCGAAUGAAUGCCAAUUGUCACUUGCUGCGGAAAUGAGAAAGAGAAAAUUGUCAAAUGAAGCAGAUUAAAAAUGCCACAGCCUAGAUUUAAUUAAAUUUGAGUUAAAUGCAUUUUUGUUUUGGUAUAGGAAAUAAUUUCAUACUUUCGUUAUCGCGCUGCAAAUGUCGAAUGUAGAACGUUUGUACAUAUUAUACUACUUGUAUAUGCACGAGUAUGUGUUGAUAUGAAAUGAAGUCUAUUAAGGCUAUAAAGUUUAUUAGUAAAUAUCAUCCAAUUUUGUGGAGACAUUAAUUAAUUUUUAAACAAAUAAAUAACGAAAUGUCAUAAAAAUAA